AUCUGAUCGCGUGGUAUCACUGUGAAAACGUACAUAAUAAAAUGGUGAAAGAUUAUGGGUGUUAAACACUGAAAAAGAAGGGAGCUAGUUAAAUUUGAUCUGCAAUCGAUCGUCAAUGGAAUAUUAAUUACUGGUGUCUUUCUCGGUAGCAAUGACCCAUUUACAAUAACUGUGAAAAUACGUUCGCCAAUGUGGAAAUGAAUCAAAAUCGCGUCAUGUAUGGCGACUCGCGGAAACUAUACGAUAGACACACGCAGUUUGCCCCGCACGGGCUCUGCAUUCUGUCGGACUAAUGAUCAAUGGCUUUAUUUGAGAAGCGAUAUACAAAUAAAGUGCUACUAGAUGAUACAGAGAAGUUGACGAGCGUCAUUGAAAAUGCAAGAACAAUCGACGGACACACGGAAUAUGUGAUUAGAAUACAAAGAGGUCCACUUCCAGAGAAAUCUUGGAGAGUUAGUAGACGCUACAAUGAUUUCGUACAACUUAAUGCAACUUUAUCAAUAUCAGGCAUUGACCUGGCACUUCCUCCAAAGAAAAUUAUUGGUAAUAUGGAACCAGACUUCAUAGCUCAACGUCAAGUAGCCCUACAGAAUUACCUAAACAAUAUACUAAUGAAUCCUAUAUUGGCAUCGUCACUCCCUAUGAAAAAAUUCUUAGAUCCAGAUAAUUACACAGCGCCAUUACAUGAAAUAGCUCUGCAACAGGUGUCACUAGCUUUACGCAGUGAUGCAAAUUUCGAAGUUUGUAAGGCCAUUCCUGAUAUGGGAUGGCGGUUAAGGAAGCAUUAUUAUACUGUAAAAAAUCGUCAAAAUCCCAAGCAAGAGUUACUGCUUGCAUGGGUAGAAUUUGGUCCAGACAAACACCUGCAAGAUAAAGAUAUGCAAGGAGUUUUCAAAAGUUUAGGGACGUUGAAGCAUAAUUAUAUAGAACCAAUCGUUUAUCAACAUGUAACGGAAAAUGGAGCGUUAAUGAUAAGAAAUUUUUAUCCAACGGGUACAUUACGCGACAUUUUGUGUGUAACUAAACCCAAACAACCGUUUAUAAAGAAAUAUGGAAACCCAAAACAAACCAAAUCGUUAACAGUGCCUGAAAUUGCUAUGUAUGGUUACCAGAUUUUGGAAGCUUUAGGAUUUCUUCACGAAAAGGGCCUACCAUACGGACAUUUACAUACAGGAAAUAUUCUUUUGACUCAGAGAUGUGCGAAAUUGCUAGAUCUAGAAAAUGGUCUGUUAGGCUUACCAGCAUUUUAUCGGCCUUAUGUUGUGCAAAGGCGUAAACUUCACGCUACGACUCAAGUAGAUGUUUAUUCGUUUGGACAUGUAUUAUAUGAAAUGGCAUUUGGACGACCACUGUUAGAAGCAACGUGUUCUGAGUUACCUUAUUGUGAAGCAACUUUAAAAAGUCUGCUGGAAGUGAUACUCGCACCAGAAGCUCUAAAACAAGAUUUACCAACGGUAUCGCAUUUAUUAGAACAUCCAUUCUUCGAGUCAGCAAGACAUGCUGUAUUAGCUGUUGGCUCCAUGGAACGACCACACUUCAAAUUAAGUAGUCAUUUGAAGGAGGCUCUGCAGCAAGCAGUGAACAAAGCAGAACAAAGAUUAAAAGACGAGCAGAAAGUAGCAAGACAUCAAAAGAGGCUUGUCAAAGUUCAGGAAAUGAUGAGCUCGGAAGAAGAGAUGAAAAAGCGAAAACAAAAACUAAAAAAAGAACAGAAAUUGGCCCAAGAACAACGUUCUGCAAAUCAAUUAAGUGCGAAUGGGAUGAAACAUGUAAACGGCAAGAGUCCAGAGCGCUCGGAUAGUCCUACAAGUACUUCUACAGCGACCAGCGUUGGAACUUUAACACCCCCAUCGCUGCGUUCUAUAGAUGUGCCGCAAAGUGAUGGAGUUCCUGCUAAGAGUACUGUACCACCACCUCCGAUGCCACCACCUGUUGAUGCAAGUAAUGUUUCAAAGUUGACCAAUGAACGAGCUGCUCUGCUAGGAAGUAUUUGUAAUUUCAAUAAAACUAGUCUUCGUAAAGUUGCCAAUGAAUAUCAUUGAGGUGAUAGAGUUAGAUAAUUGAAAGAAGAUAGUGCUGAGUGAUCGUACUGAUUCAGAAAUAAAGAAGAAAUUGUAUGACAGUAAUCUAUACCAAAAGGAUGCUAUUUUUUUCAUCAAAUUGCGAAUAUAUUUAUAAUUUUAUUUCGAUCGCGAUACUUGUGAGAUCUGUAUACGUACAUAUAUAUAUUUCAAUUCUGUAGAAUCUUAAUAUGUAUAUUUCAUAGGAAUAGAUAGUUGUAAAUCGUAUAUUUACAAAUAAUCAUGUAUAAAAUAAUUCUAUUCAUGUAUUUUAGCAGCAUGAAUUAUUGUUAGAAUUGAGCAAUAUUUAAAUAUUAUGUGUUAUUACUUUUUAUUCUUAAUAACACCGUCCAAAAAUGAAUUCGAAAUUGUAAAAGAUUAAUUAAAAUAACAAAUAUUCUUUAAAAAAGAAUAUUUCUUUAUAUGCUAUAUUUGUAUCUAUAAAUGGAAAUUAAUCUUCCCUUUAAUCAUAUUUAAAACUAUUAAAGAAAAGCUUAUUAAUAUUAUUUAUAAAAUAAUCUAUAUUUUAACUAGAAAUGAAGUUCAUUUGCUUUGAUCUAAGUCUCGCGAUCGAAUCACAUCUAAUAUCGUACUUGUUCGACUCUAAGGAAAUUAAAAUGAUAAUUGAUAAGACGAGAGUGAUAGUAUCUACAUGUACCACAUAAACUUUAUCUCGUUAGUGUUACAUACCGUUCUGUCUAUUUCAAGUUUAUGAUAUGUGUAACGUAAUUAAUGUACAGAUACCAUUCGUCUUGUAAAAGUGAGUAUUGUGUGUUGCUUUACUUGUAUCGCUCGUAGAAUCGAAAUCACGUUUGUUUCUACGGAGAGAGAAAAUGUGCCAAGACCCGAUCUUUCCAUUGAACAAAUAGUAAUGUCGUAAUGGUGAAUGUCGGCGUAAUAUAUAUUUCUAUAUGUCGCGGAAGAAUAAGUAUAUAUGUACAAGAUCUAUCUGUGAAUAUCAUAACAAAGCGAUGUAAUAUAGGUAGUCACAAUUUUUCAUAUGUAAUAUCAAUCUUAAAUGGAAUUUGUUGAAUUAUCUUAAAUGUAUAUGUUGAAUUAUAAAUACUAUUCUUCAUAGAAUAAUAUAAAUAUUCGUUCUAUCGAUAAUUAUAGAAAACAAAUUGAAACAGAUACUAUAUUUAUUAAAGAAGAUAAUGUAAGUUAUAUCAUUUGGAGAUCUUCAGGCGUACUAAUAAAUAUAUUAGUAAAUCGAAUUAU